AUCCAUCGUAAGCAUGACUUUCGUAGAGUCUACGAAUUCUAAUUUCGAAAUUCGUAGACUGCUUUCACUGAACCCACUCGAAAUGUCAAAUCGAAGAAAUUUUCUACGACGAGUUUUAGUUGGCGGGAGAAAAUUGAAAUAAGCGAAAAUAAAAAUAGCAAAUCCAACCAAUACAAUGUAUAAAAUUGGGACGACGCGACAAAAGUAUUCCUGUUUGCUGGAAAUGCUGAAUGAGAAACCAGAUAUAGCACAAGGGUUUACUAGGUACUCAAAGGAGGAAGUGACUGCAUUUUGGGAAAACGUUGCAAAAGAACUGAAUAGUAUUGGGCCGCCUAUAAAAGAUGUGUCUACGUGGAAAAAAGUGUGGUGUUAUUGGAAGUGCUAUGUCAAACGCAAGCUCAUGGAAAAUAAAAGAGAGCAGACAGCUACGGGGGGCGGAAGAAAUCGGCAGCAUAGUUUUACAGAUUUGGAGGAGGGAGUGAUAAAGCUAGCAGCGUUAGAAGUCUGCACCUCAGGCUGCAAAAACACAGUUAGUGUCGGACUACCUGAAGAUCCUCAGGAAAAAGGCCCCGAAACCGAUGCUGAUGUGUCCAUGGUGUCUGAAGCUUGUGGUUCAUCACUGCCACGGCGUACUUCCACUCCACAAAAACGAACGGACUCGGAAACAUUAAACGUACUGAGAGAGCAAGUACAGAUGCAAAAUGAAUUUUAUGGAGGAAGCAAAGAGCAUUUUAAACGUCAGGAAGAGAAGUUGGAGGAUAUUGCAUCAAGUGUCCGCCGAUUGUGUCGACUAACAGAUAAGACGUACGAACUAAAAAAGUCUGAACUUGCUGAAAUGCGACGACAUAACCUUGCGUAUUCAACUUGGUUGCUGAAAAAAAUAGAAUAAAGCAAGAAAUGUUAGAAAUAGAGCUAAGAAAAUUAGAUUUGUUAGAUACAAAUAAAAAAAACUAAGUGUGAAUAAAAUAACUAAAU